GUUAUUUUUUACCACACUGUGACAGAACACAGUAAACACAUAAUCCAGCUGUUUUCCUCAGCUCAUUAUUCACUGGAUAAAAGUCAUUUUGAUUUGGAUCUGUGUUGAAACAUUCAACUUGAAGCCCUAUUAAGGUCAGUCUUGUGAGGAGGAAGGAUUUGCACCUUUAAGGGCUUUGUGCCAAAUCCUUCACACAAGGCGGUCCAUUGGAAUGCACUUCCAAUCAUGCACAUAAUAUCUGUUGACAACAUACCUGACCUCCUGAGGAAAGUGGUACUUUUUAUUACAUCCCUGAGAGCUGCGACAAGUGGACAACAUGAAGCCCAAAUCUCUUCCAUCAAGGUUGUUUGACAGAAAUUCAGCAUCAGGUGAGACUCUGAAUAUACGAGCAGCAAAAUAUCAACGGCAUGUGGACUGCGUGGAUCACCAAGAGAGUCUGUAUCACUCUGGCCACAAUGACAGCCAGCCAGUGUGCCACAACAGCAGUCAAAAUGAGAAGAGCCACAGAGAAGUUCAUUUUGCAUUUCUGCCAGAGAGGUAUGAGCCACUGGUGGAUGAGGAGGCGCAAGUCAAGGCAAAAGUAGAGAAGAAGAAAAGGAAGAAAGAAAAGUACAAAAAAGUAAAGAAGAAUGUUGGCAAGGCACUGCGCUCUACCUGGAAGUGCCUAAUGCUUGGGCUGUACAAUUUUGCCCUCGGCUACUCUACUCCGAUCACAAUGGCUGCUACUUUUGUCCCUGACUUUCACCCAGGCAGAAAUACGACCUGAGCCGAGCCACAUGCACCUCCUCCCGUUUCUUUGCGAACUGUACUGUAUAUACCAGUUCAUAUGUUUAUAAUGUUUGUGUAUUUAAAAUUUCAUUUUUAUAUUGGUUUCUGUAAAUUGUAAUCAAAAUAUUCUUCUUCUAUAAAAUAGGCAUUUUUCACAGCAGACAUUUUUACUUGUCAAAGUAGGAAAAACAGGUGAUGUUCUAAUCAACUGUCUCAGUCAUCAUUUAUUUCAUUAUUUACGGUGACAUGUUGUUGAUCUUAUUAAUCCUAAUGUCCUACUGUUGGUCAUAAUAUACCGUAUGGCACACUUGUUAACCAGAUUUGCAGAAAUAUACACAGUUAAGAUCGUAAAAUUAGAGAUGGAGUCUUUAAAAUCGCUUUUUGCAUAGACUCAUUGCACUCUUUAUGUAUGAACUCUUUAAGCCUAAAUCACAUAUUGUUCAUGCAACAUGUGCCUUUUUUCACUUGGAGAAUGUGUUUUUAUCAAGAAUCUAGCUGGUGUUUGCAUGUGUGCAGAGGGAUAAUGUGGGAAUGUGCACCUGCAGCAGGAAGGACAGGAACAUUUACUGUAGCUGCAGAUAAAGUGAAACAGGGCAGAUACCCCCUUACAGGCAGGAAAGAUCAUGAUUUGAAAAGAUGAAUAAAUCAAGGCUGAAAGGAUGUAGGCAGAGUGAGUAAGAAACCAGGCCACCCCUCCUCUCAGAGUGGAGCAACUGGACCACUAAUCUCAAGAGUAUUUUUCAAUUCUCAAACUGUCUAAGCAAUAAACGGACAACAGACUACUGAUGACUGGAGGUGAUGGGGAUUAGAAGGCUUUGCUUACAUUUCUGUGGAGUACAAGUUUAUGAUGAUUUUCAGAUUGGAAUAUAAUGGUGUGACCUUCAAAGCACUUUAGCAUUUCUACAUGUGUGAAUUUGUUCAGUUUUAAAGGUUAUUCAAGUCAUGAUAUUUGUAAGUUGGUGCAUAAUAAACUGUUUAACAAAAUGUAAUCAUGUAUUAAUAGUGGCCAAAUGAGUGUGCUAAAGCAAUAAAGUCUCGAAAUAAAGCCUUUAAAGUGCUAAAAAAGACAGAAAUACCAGAUUCUUAUUGAAUAUCAAAGGAUGCAAGCUCAUGUAAGGACAAUAGAAUGUUUUGAGGAUUUUUUUUAAUUCAGAGGCAAGAGAGAUAUAAAUUGAUAAGAUAUGAGGGAUGAUUAGAAUAAUGGAUGGGAUCAGAAGGAAAUGUAGAUAUCCAAUUACUGCUGUAACAGAUGAAAAAAGCUGAUAUGCUGCUACAAACAUUUGUUAAAGUUCAGAUUAUAUUUGAGACUAGGGGAGAAGAGGGAGAGACGCUUGCUAGAGAAUGAUAUUACAAAAUGAAGAUAUCAAUAAUUUAUAAGUAUUUCAUUUACAAAGGCAUUACUGAAUCGUGCUAUUAGGAAACCAACAAGGAUGUCUCCACCAAGCAAAGACUGUUUUGUUAUGUGAUUAAAAAUCAUCUUUGUAAAACAUCUAAGGCCUCUUACUUGAACAGUAUAAUAAAG